CGCUGGACGGCCGAGUCACGCGGCGGCCCGGGGGGCGUGGCGGAGCGGCUCGCUAUUGGCUGGCUGGGCAAGGCCAAUAGGAGCGGAGCUGUUGGAUUCAAACGGAGAGGGGUGCGGCAGCGGUGGUCAGUCGGGGCGGUUGUUCUUGAGUGGAGACGCCGUUGCAGCGCGUGCCGCCGCCUCUCGCCAUGGCUAACAAGCAGAUCUACUAUUCUGACAAGUAUUUUGACGAGCAGUACGAGUACCGGCAUGUGAUGCUGCCAAGAGAACUCUCGAAGCAAGUGCCAAAAUCCCAUCUAAUGUCUGAAGAGGAGUGGAGACGACUUGGUGUUCAGCAAAGCCUUGGCUGGGUUCACUAUAUGAUCCAUGAGCCAGAACCGCAUAUUCUUCUCUUCAGAAGACCUCUUGCAAAGGAUGAGCAGAAAUGAAGCGUUGCCUAUAAAUUUUCUCCUAGAUCUUCUGGAACUAUGUAUAUGACUGUAUAUAUGAUGGUAGUAUUCAGUGAAUACUUUAAAAAUGUACAAAACAUGCAUCCAUACUUGUGCAUGAGCUGUAUUAUUCACAGCAACAAAGCUCAGUCAAAUGCAAUUCCAUGUAGGCUGCUAUGAUGUUCAAAGAGUGUUAAAUUUUAUGUUCUUUACUGUUAACGUAAGUGCUUAUCUGACUGUUCAGUUAAGUUUGUUUUUAGUAAAGUCACAUAUAUGUUCUGACUAGAUGAUCACUUUUUACCUGUGCUCAGUAACUUGCACACUCAGCUUUUCUGCUGAAGUGUAGCAUGUUCGCCUGUUUAGUAGUAGGCGUAAAGAAAUAAAAUACACGGGUUUUAAUGGAAA